CGCUGCUCGAUUUUUACUCUCUCAUUCCGGUUGAAGAGAGAAGAAAGCACUCUGAAGACGAACAACAAAUCUUAAAUUGAUCGAGAAGAACCCAGAGAGAGUGAUAAAAAAAAAAAACCCUAGUUUCGUCGCGGAGAAGCAAUCUUUGAUCGCAGAUUCACAAAACACAUCGGAUUUAUUAUUCAGCGCUCUCUUCUCACAUGGCGUCCGAAUUUAUCCAGAGGAAGAAGAAGCCCCGUAGGUCGAAAACUGUAGCUGAGACAAUUGCAGAAUGGAAGGAGCAUGGUUCUUUGGAUGAUGAUAAAGAUAAAGGCAAACCAGUUUGCAGAGUCCCUGCCAAGGGAUCAAAGAAGGGGUGUAUGAAGGGUAAAGGAGGACCCGAGAACUCCCGUUGUAACUAUAGAGGUGUUAGGCAGAGGACAUGGGGUAAAUGGGUAGCGGAAAUUCGAGAACCCAAGAGGGGUAAUAGGCUCUGGUUGGGUACUUUUCCAACUGCCCUUGAAGCUGCCCUCGCUUAUGAUGAAGCGGCAAGAACCUUGUAUGGUUCUUGUGCUCGCCUCAACCUUCCGAAUUGCAGUUCUUCGGUGCUAACAAGUUCGAGUUCAGAUUCCACAAUGAAACAAGAAGCAAUGGAAGAGCCUCUAAUCCACAGUAAUAGGCUUCUGUCACCAUUUGGAGCUGGUCCACCAAAGGAUUCAUUAAAGCAAGAAGCAGUGGAAGAGCCUCCAAUUGAUGGUAAUCGACUUCUGUCACCGUAUAGAGCUGGUCCAUCAGAGGGCUCAAUGAAGCAACCAGCAACAGAAGAGCCUCUAAUUGAUAGUAAUCCACUUCUGUCAGCCUAUGGGGCUGGUCCAUCAACGAGUUCGAUGAAUGAAUCAAUGGGAGAGCUUACGGAUAUCAAUCAGGACAAUGGGUUCACCUUGCAUAACUUAUCAGUGGAUGAAACGUUCGAUGUGGAAGAGCUACUUUGGGAUGAAAUGUUCGAUGUGGAAGAGCUACUUGGGGUUUUAACUUCUCCCUAUUCUGCUCCAGCAUACUUGCAUGACUCGGGUAAUGAUGUUGGUCAAUUGGGGGCGUCCAACUAUAACAAUGUGGGGCAUGAAAGGCAUUCAGAUUCAGUAUACCAACUGCAGAAUUGGGAUGCAAAGUUAUUUGAAAAUAUGCACUGUGAGCAGGAAAAUUAUGGAGCUGAUCAUGGUUUCGAUUUCUUGAAACCGGGCAGAGAGUAGGAUUACAAUUUUGGGGACUUCUGAAUUUGGAAUCAGAUUUGGGAGUUUGAAGUCAUUGGUGGCAUACUGGUGUAUGGGCAUAUGAAAAGAGAUGGUAAAGCUGGUGUUAAAUGGAUACUCUCUUCAACAAGAGGCGAUUCGGAGGAUUCAUGUUCUUUAGUUUAGUUUUACCUCUCAAGCUUGAUUCUCAGAGAUCUUUGUUAUUUGGAUGAUGUUUUUCUUUCCCAGUUCUUUCGUUCUCAAAUAUCUCCAUAUGUUUUUGAAUUGGAAAGGUCCAUCUUAGCAAUGGAGUUGAUGUGUGACUAAUACUUGAUACUUGAUGAUGGUUCUACCUGUAGGCAAUUCUUUCUUGUACAUACUAGGGAAGACAAUAUGAAUGGCAGUGUUCGCGUUUAUCAUUACAUAAAAAGUAUAUUGCAUAAAUAAAUAUAUCAACAUUUAUGCUUCUUGUGUUGAGUUUCUGAUCUUGCUCUGUGAGCUGUGUGUGACUUGUUCAUAUUGAAUUUCCUCUUCUCCCAUAUCACCGUGUCUGUCUAUCCUGG